GCAGUGACUUCCGGCGGAAGCUGAAGCCGGCUCCGAGGUCUGGCAGAGGAUAAGCAAGGAGUUGACGCCGAUGGCUCUUCGAAGUUUGCUGAUCUAAGAAGGCCCACUUCUUGUUCGAUGGAUGAUGGCAUUUGAGCAGAUACCAAAAAAGGAUUGGUACCGUAUUCUGGGGGCAGAUCCAACUGCAAGCGUGUCAGACCUAAAACAAAAAUAUCAAAAACUCAUAUUAAUGUAUCAUCCAGAUAAACAAAGUGCAGAUGUGCCAGCAGGAACAGUGGAGGAGUGUAUACAGAAAUUCAUCGAGAUUGAUCAGGCAUGGAAAAUUCUAGGGAAUGAAGAGACAAAAAAAGAGUAUGACCUGCAGCGGCAUGAAGAUGAUCUAAGAAACAUGGGACCAGUAGAUGCUCAAGUAUAUCUUGAAGAAAUGUCUUGGAAUGAAGAUGAUCAUUCUUUUUCUCUGAGUUGCCGAUGUGGUGGAAAAUACAGUGUUUCAAAGGAUGAAAUAGAAGAAGUUACCCUAAUUUCUUGUGAUACAUGUUCACUCAUUAUAGAACUCCUUCAUUAUAGCUGAAAUUGUUCAGAGUGGAAUCCUUAGUAUAUUCAGAUGCGUGGAGAAGAUAUGUGGAGAAGAGUCCACUCUAACUUUGUCCAGUCAAGCAAAUGUAUAAAGCUGAUAAAAAAGAAAAAAGUAGGAUUCUUUUUUGUCAGCUUUAUUUUUUGCAGAGAAAAUAUAAGACUACAAGUAAAGGCCACCCAUAUUAAUAGAAAGUUAAUUUCACUAUUUAUAUGUAUUUAAAUUUUAUAUUUAUAGAUCACAAAAAAGAGGACUUGAAUAAAUUUAGUGAAUUCCUAUCUGAGAA